CGCGGCGAACAUGGCAGGGGAGUGGUGCUGAGCUUCGCUCCGCCGCCCGGUUCCACUUCCCCCAUUCCCUCCACUCUCCUCCCGCAACCUGCACUUGUUGGCCGCCUUCCGCCAGGGGAGCGCGGGUUAUCCCUGCUCGCCCCACAUCCGUGAGGAGAGGGCAGUGCCGGCGCCUCCGCGGAGGCGUGUGUGAUGGUGCAGGCAUGGCGGGGCAGCCGGCGGCCGCGGCACUGCUGAGGCAGGGGGCGGCUGGUCCCGGCCCCGGCGGCGGCAGCAGCAGCAGCAGCCGCAGCCAGUGGGGGCUGCCUCUGUCUCCCGCCAACCCGGCGGCCGCCUCCUCCCGCCCCAGCUGGCGGUGAGGGAAGGAGGGAGAGUCGCUGUGCCGUGCCGCCUCGCCCCCCGCCGCCGCCGCCAUGCUACCCGGGGUGGGGGUGUUCGGCACCGGCCUGACGGCGCGGGUGAUCGUGCCGCUGCUGAAAGCGGAGGGCUUCGCCGUGAAGGCGCUGUGGGGCCGCACGCCCGAGGAGGCGGAGGAGCUGGCCAAGGAGAUGAGCGUCCCCUUCUACACCAGCCGCAUCGACGAGGUGCUCCUGCACCAGGACGUCGACCUGGUCUGCGUCAACUUACCGCCGCCGCUCACCCGGCAGGUCGCCGUCAAGACCCUGGGCAUUGGAAAAAAUGUCAUCUGUGACCGAACAGCUACUCCCCUGGAUGCCUUUAGGAUGAUGACUGCGGCUCAUUAUUACCCAAAGCUCAUGAGCAUCAUGGGGAACGUUUUGCGCUUCCUGCCUGCUUUUGUGAAGAUGAAGCAGCUGAUCCAGGAGGGUUAUGUAGGGGAGCUGCUGGUGUGUGAGGUCCAGGUUCACAGUGGAAGCCUGCUAGGCAAGAAGUACAACUGGAGCUGUGAUGACCUGAUGGGAGGUGGGGGCUUGCACUCAGUUGGUACCUACAUCAUCGACCUCCUGACUUUCCUCACCAGCCAGAAGGCUGUGAAAGUACAUGGGUUGCUCAAGACCUUUGUGAAGCAGACAGACCACAUCAAGGGGAUACGGCAGAUCACCAGCGAUGACUUCUGUACGUUUCAGAUGGUCUUGGAAGGUGGCGUGUGCUGCACGGUGACGCUCAACUUCAACAUCCCUGGGGAGUUCAAACAAGACAUUAUUGUUGUGGGCUCAGCAGGACGGCUGAUUGUAAUAGGCACUGAUCUCUACGGACAGAGCAACAGCUCUCCUCAGCGAGAGCUCCUGCUAAAGGACUCCACGCCAGUAAGCAACUCCUUACUGCCAGAGAAAGCCUUCAGUGACAUCCCAUCCCCUUACCUCCGGGGCACCAUUAAGAUGGUUCAAGCUGUCCGGCAGGCUUUCGAGGACCAGGAUGACAGGAGGACCUGGGACGGGAGGCCCCUUACGAUGGCUGCCACUUUUGAUGACUGUCUCUAUGCCCUGUGUGUGGUGGACACCAUUAAAAAGUCAAACCAGCUGGGAGAGUGGCAGAACAUUUCAAUCAUGACGGAGGAGCCAGAACUGAGCCCAGCAUACUUAAUCAGCGAAGCCAUGCGGAAGAGCAGGAUGUCUCUGUACUGCUAGCUCUUUUCAGCUCCUAGGCAAGCAUAGGAACUGGACAGCGCUUGAAAGAAGUGGUAAUUCAGCUCCUGUGAAGGGCUUGGGCAUUUUAGAAACAGUUGAGGAUACAGGAGAAGGAAAUACAGUGUUUGGAUCAAGUAAAUCUGUUGGUGGCUAACAAAGUGUCCUCAGAAAUGCCUCAAACAGAUAGACUUAAGAGCUGACAAAACUGUUUUAAUAACAGUAUUAGCUGGCUGAUUGGUAAGAUGUAUCAUGGACUCAUCUCCUGCUUGCAGGUGCUUUAGAUUAUCCAAUUGUAUUUACUGUGAAAGGCUGGGAAGAUCCUUUUAGAUUUUCCUGACCUACCAGAGGGCUGUGAAGGUACUGUCAUGUCAUUCAAUUUUCUGUACUGUCUGACAUGAAUGGUUCCUGCUGUAACAGCUGACACCCCAGUGCUGUAGUAUUACACCUCUAACCAACACGCAGAGUAAUAGCAUUUGGUGUGAAAGUGUUGUGUGAUAAGGAAAAUCUUGGCAGCUCCCUUUUCAUAUAGCUUGUUAGGAGCUUCUCCGUGUUGGUUUAGCCAGUUGUUCUUUGGGUUUGUUUUAUUUCAAAGCACAACCUAGUAGGAAAGUGUAUGUCUUUCAAAACAAAGUGGUUCUCAUCCACAGUGUGUAUGCAGGGAGGGUCUUCCCUCAGCUCCUGGUAAGCUUCAGUGUUAACUGCACAGAUUUGUUGACUAAAAUGGGUUGUGCAGAACCUUUGUGGAUGGCAAGUGGCAUGACACAGUAGUGAUGGUGAGGUUUAUUCUACAGCUGAACUCAGGCGAUUCAUAUGAAGGUUUACAUGUGAUUUCCUGUGUCUGGGACUAACUUUUGAAUGAAUUCAUCAUGUGCAUUUUGGUUCGGUGGAAAUCAGUAGAAAUUCAACCCAAAACAUGAUGCUUCGAGGGGUGGUGUUCUUUAAAACCUUUGUGAACUCACACGAGAUGCACAGCUUAAUUUCAUAUAACUCAACCCAGAAGUUUUCCCCUCCACCAAGAUGCGAUUGUGAGUGAAAACCAAAAGUGAUGAGAAGAUUUCCCAUCCAUUUCCAGGAUCAGAAAUUACCUAGGAACCCCAUCUCUUCACCUUAAAGUGACCAACUACUGAUACUGGGGUAAUUGUUCCCUGACGUUAGUGCAGGGGUGGGUAAACUCUUUUGAUAUGUUUGUCCUGUCCUUUUUAAUACUUUAGAUUGCAGUCUCGAAAUAAUCUUUUGCAUGUGAAUUAUCUGAGGACACAGAGAUCCUGCAUAAAGCUGCUCCAGUGCUUGUGUGUUUACAGUGCUAGGUCCUCAGAUAGGAAGAAAAAUGGAAGUAAGCAAACAGCACUAAAUUAUAUUAAACUUGAGAAAAACCCUUCCAGGGUGUUUUGCUAAUGUUGACUAGGAUGUAGAAGAGAACGUUUGGUUGAACUGUAAGUGAAAAGAGAAAAUAUGACCCUCUUUCUCAAGGCCAUCACAUUAGUGUUGCCAUUUUAGGUUAGAAAGAGAAAUGUCAAAAUAAUUAGAUAUCUCUAAAAAGCACUUAAGAGUUUUGCUAUUUUUAGGAGCACUAAGGGCUUCUCUAGGGCUUCUACAAAUUACUCCCUCUGAUUGCUGUGUGCUCCUGCCUGUCCUGUGUCCCAUUUUAGAGCUUCGUUUCUGUUGAGCUUGAGGGCAUCAAUAGUGUAGUUCUUCUCAUCUGACCUCAGCCAGCUGAAACUCGAGUGUCUUGUCCAGAUCAGCUGUGCAAGGACACAGUAGUCAAUACAGAGAGUGCUCUCCAAAGGCUGACUCAGUUCAUCCCACAAUUAAGGAGGUACCCACUGGAAAUUCCUGCCCUCCUCUUUCACAGAGGAUCUUGGCUUCUGCAUUUUUAGGUGGCUAAAGUUAGAAAACUCCCCACCCCAAAAUAAUU